GCCGGUCGCCUGUCUCCGCGCCGGGCAUGCCUCGGGAGCCGGGGCGGCCCGGGCCGCGGGCGCUCUGCGGCGCAUGGACGGCGGCGGCGCCCGGCGAGCAGCAGGAGGAGAAGGCGCAGGCGGCGGAGGAGGCGGCGACCCACAGCUGGGAGCACCGGCGGCGCGAGGGGACGACCGGCCGCCGGCGAGGCUCUGGCCCCACUACUUUUCCGUAGCCUCCCCGCCUCAGCAGCACGGCCGCCGCCGCCGCCGCCGCCGCCACGGCCACGGCCACGGCCACGGCCCCAGCCCCAGCCCCGGCCGCCGCCCGCCGGGCAGCCCAGAGCGCCGCGCACCGCCGCACUCUCCCGCCACCCCACGCACACGCACACCCCCGCCCGCCCACGCCCCCCACCCGGGAGGGGGGAGAAAGGCAAAAAGUAAGAGAGGAAAAAAAAUAGCAGGAAGAUGGCGCCCACCAAGCCCAGCUUUCAGCAGGAUCCUUCCAGGCGAGAACGAAUAACUGCCCAGCAUCCUCUGCCCAACCAAUCAGAAUGUAGGAAAAUCUACAGAUAUGACGGAAUCUACUGUGAAUCUACCUACCAGAAUUUACAAGCAUUGAGAAAGGAGAAAUCCCGAGAUGCUGCUCGCUCCCGCCGGGGAAAAGAAAACUUUGAGUUCUAUGAAUUGGCCAAGUUGUUGCCUCUUCCUGCAGCCAUUACCAGCCAGCUUGACAAGGCAUCCAUCAUUCGACUUACAAUUAGCUAUCUGAAAAUGAGGGACUUUGCUAACCAGGGGGACCCUCCGUGGAACUUGCGAAUGGAAGGCCCUCCACCUAACACAUCAGUAAAAGUUAUAGGUGCACAGCGAAGGAGAAGCCCCAGUGCACUAGCCAUUGAAGUAUUUGAAGCACAUUUGGGAAGUCACAUUUUGCAGUCCCUGGAUGGCUUUGUAUUUGCACUAAAUCAAGAAGGAAAAUUUUUGUACAUUUCCGAAACAGUCUCCAUCUACCUAGGCCUCUCACAAGUGGAGCUGACAGGCAGCAGUGUCUUUGACUAUGUCCACCCCGGAGACCACGUGGAGAUGGCUGAGCAGCUGGGCAUGAAGCUCCCCCCUGGGCGGGGUCUCCUGUCGCAGGGCACUGCUGAGGAUGGAGCCAGCUCAGCAUCUUCCUCCUCUCAGUCGGAGACCCCCGAGCCAGUGGAGUCAACCAGCCCCAGUCUGCUAACCACUGACAACACUCUUGAGCGUUCCUUUUUCAUCCGAAUGAAAUCUACUCUGACCAAACGCGGUGUGCACAUCAAAUCAUCAGGAUAUAAGGUGAUUCACAUAACAGGCCGGCUACGCCUCAGAGUGUCGCUGUCCCAUGGGAGGACCGUCCCCAGCCAAAUCAUGGGUCUCGUGGUUGUUGCGCAUGCCUUGCCUCCCCCGACGAUCAAUGAAGUCAGAAUUGACUGCCAUAUGUUCGUCACUCGAGUAAAUAUGGACCUCAAUAUCAUUUACUGUGAAAAUAGGAUUAGUGAUUAUAUGGAUCUGACCCCUGUAGAUAUCGUAGGGAAGAGAUGCUACCACUUCAUCCAUGCUGAAGACGUGGAGGGCAUCAGGCACAGUCACUUGGACUUGCUGAAUAAGGGUCAGUGUGUGACAAAGUACUAUCGCUGGAUGCAGAAGAAUGGAGGAUAUAUUUGGAUACAGUCCAGUGCCACCAUAGCUAUUAAUGCCAAGAAUGCAAAUGAAAAGAAUAUCAUCUGGGUGAAUUACCUUCUUAGCAAUCCUGAGUACAAGGACACACCCAUGGACAUCGCACAGCUCCCCCAUCUGCCGGAGAAAACUUCCGAAUCCUCGGAGACAUCCGACUCUGAGUCAGACUCUAAAGACACCUCAGGUAUUACAGAGGACAACGAGAACUCCAAGUCCGACGAGAAAGGGAACCAGUCCGAGAACAGCGAAGACCCGGAGCCCGACCGGAAGAAGUCGGGCAACGCGUGUGACAACGACAUGAACUGCAACGACGACGGCCAUAGCUCCAGUAACCCGGACAGCCGCGACAGCGAUGACAGCUUCGAGCACUCGGACUUUGAGAACCCUAAGGCGGGCGAGGACGGCUUCGGUGCGCUGGGCCCGAUGCAGAUCAAGGUGGAGCGCUACGUGGAGAGUGAGUCGGAUCUGCGGCUGCAGAACUGCGAGUCACUCACAUCCGACAGCGCCAAGGACUCGGACAGCGCGGGCGAGGCGGGCGCUCAGGCCUCCAGCAAGCACCAGAAGCGCAAGAAACGGCGGAAACGGCAGAAGGGCGGCAGCGCCAGCCGCCGGCGCCUGUCCAGUGCGUCGAGCCCGGGCGGCUUGGACGCGGGCCUGGUGGAGCCCCCGCGGCUGCUGUCCUCCCCCAACAGUGCCUCGGUGCUCAAGAUCAAGACGGAGAUCUCGGAACCCAUCAACUUCGACAACGACAGCAGCAUCUGGAACUACCCGCCCAACCGGGAGAUCUCCAGGAACGAGUCCCCCUACAGCAUGACCAAGCCCCCCAGCUCCGAGCACUUCCCGUCCCCGCAGGGUGGCGGCGGUGGGGGUGGUGGCAGCGGGGGACUGCACGUGGCCAUCCCCGACUCGGUUCUCACCCCGCCCGGCGCCGACGGCGCGGCUGCCCGCAAGACUCAGUUCGGCACCUCGGCCAGCACAGCCCUGGCCCCCGUUGCCUCCGACCCGCUGUCACCCCCGCUCUCGGCGUCCCCACGGGACAAGCACCCCGGGAACGGGGGCGGGGGCGGGGGCGGCGGCGCGGGGGGCGGUGGCCCCAGCGCGUCCAACUCCUUGCUGUACACUGGGGACCUAGAGGCGCUGCAGAGGUUGCAGGCAGGCAACGUCGUGCUCCCGCUGGUGCACAGGGUGACCGGGACCCUGGCCGCCACCAGCACGGCCGCCCAGAGGGUCUACACCACGGGCACCAUCCGCUACGCGCCCGCCGAGGUGACCCUGGCCAUGCAGGGCAACCUGCUGCCCAACGCGCACGCUGUUAACUUCGUGGACGUUAACAGCCCUGGCUUCGGCCUCGACCCCAAGACGCCCAUGGAGAUGCUCUACCACCAUGUGCACCGGCUCAACAUGUCAGGACCGUUCGGCGGCGCAGUGAGCGCAGCCAGCCUGACGCAGAUGCCCGCCGGCAAUGUGUUCACCACGGCCGAGGGACUCUUCUCCACGCUGCCCUUCCCCGUCUACAGCAACGGCAUCCAUGCGGCACAGACUCUGGAGCGCAAGGAGGACUGAGGCGCCGCCUGUCCUGGGCCCGGCCAGGCCCCGCUCGGAGGAGGCAUCGUCGGCAUUUUCGUUUAGACCUUUAAUUCUAGCACUUUGAAUUCGAGCAGGUCAGCGUCUUCUCUCGCCACGACGGUCCCCAUUCCACCCCCUCUUUCUUUCACCUGACUUAUUCUUUCGUGUAAAGAUAUGUUUAUUUUUUGCCUUCAGAGGGUCAGACGACCAGUUGCCUGCCGUUUUGUCUUCUUCUAAGAUGUGUGUUGGGUUGUUUUGCUUUCCUUUGCAUCUUUAUUAAGAUGUCUUUCAUGUGUAUAUGCCUCUGCCAUAGAAUACUCAGUCUUGUGGUCAAGAGAGUUCUCAAGUGACAACCAUUGGGGUUUCUUCAUAAAGAUCUUGAUAUGAUCAAGAUGGAAAGAGACAAGCAUAAACAAUGUGCCCUGUUUGACUAAGUCAAAUGAAAUGGGGUGGUUUUUUGUUUCUGUUCCUAAUUCCUUUAAAAAAAAAAAAAUAGGGGGAAUAGUAUUUUAGAAUUUUAUGCAGAAUUUAAUUCUCUUUUUACGGUUAAGAUUUUAAGAUUUUCUUACUUGCACAUAAAAAUAAUUUGGGUUCUUAAACUUAAUUUCUGGCCUGUGACUAGAAUGUUUAAAAAAAAAAAAAGUCGGACUAAAUGUUAAUUACUGAAACAUUAACUUAAUUUCUAAAACCAUGGUGCUAUCAUUUAUUAAUCUGUAAUGUCUUCAUACAAAAUGCAGCUCCUGGGCUGGGUUUUGGGGGAAAAAAAUUGUGUUCUGUCCUGGUCUGGAGUCCGUUGCUGCAGUCUCCUUGGUUAGUUAAGACAAAGCCCUCAUUAACGUUUGCUGCAGGACUUAAAAUUUUUUACCUCCCAACUAACAAACAUAGCCUCACAUUAAAUUUAAUGGGUCAGUAAAGCCCUUUUUAAAGGGGCUGCUGGAAAACUCAAUCAAACUGAUUUGAGGAGCAGUUUAGGUACAUACUGCCUUUUGUUUAGCUUUUUGUUUUCCUUACUCAGUCUAACUGAGGCUAAUUUUGCAACUUCAAUAACACUUCGGAGUAAAAGAAGGAAAAUAUUUAACAUGUUUUUGGUUUUUUUCAUUUCUUGCUUAAAAAAAGGAAGGUUGUGUUUUGGGGGACUGAGUUGAUUUGAUGGAAUUUCUUUUCCUUUGGUUCUUAUUUCUGGGUUGAAACCAGUAAGUUUUAAAACUAAAGAAUGGGUUAAUAAGCUUCAGACAGAUUACUGCAACUGAAAACUGCACAUUAAGUAAUAAAAAAAAAAAAAGAAAAAGAAAAAGAAAAAGAAAAAAAAUCCUAUUUUGUCUUUGUUGCCAGAAAUCAGUGUGGUGUCAAACACUCCAAAUGACUGUCAAGUAUAAAUUCUUCUUCCACUUCAUUUUUGGCAGCUGUUUGUUAAGGCAUCUAAUAACAGAUGUGAGAACUGUAAUGUGUACAAUGUGUACGUGUCCUUGGCUGUCAGUCCCAUUGCAGUUUCAAUGUGUGUUUCUAUAUGCAGUAUAUACUAAGCUAAUGUAGUUGUUUUGUCCUUUGUCUUAUCUGUGCUCUAUCUCUAGUCCGGAGUGGUACAGUCCCAUUCCUGCAGUCCUAGUGAAUCCAGUGAUUCUUGGGGGUUAGUGGGUUUUGUGUGGUGGCCUUCCUCUGUAAUGUCACCCUAUGCUGCUUCUACUGUCUGUGAAUCUUCCGUUUUACCUUUUAAAAUUCCUGCUGUUGCUUUGCUGGUGUAUAUUCUCCCUACCUCUCCUCUCUUUCCCUCCCUUUCCCAUCUCCCCCUCUCCCUCCUCUUCAGUCCUUCCCCAUCCCCAAAAUCUGUUUCAUUCUCAGAGAUAAAAAGACUCUUAACUAGCUCAAGGUUAAUGGAGCCAUUUUUCCCACAACGGAAUUCUGGGUAUGACUCUCUCUUCUGGAGUGCAACACAAAGCACUGAAGAAUAAUGCUCAGAUAUAUUAAAUAAAUUGAUGCCAUAUAGCCUCAGUUGUUAACAUUCCCAGAGUCCCUUGUGCUCUACCUAUAAGCAGUGGGUGCUUUUCUUUGGUUUCCUUUCAGGUUGGCUGAUGGAGCAAUAUAUAAAGCAAUUACCAGUGAGACAGAAAAUUCUUUCAAAGGUCAACCAACAUUUUUAAGAAACAAAAUGGGAGGGGAUAAUGGAAUCUAGAAUUGUCAUAUAUAUUUGUUUACUUGUGCAAUGCUAAUAUAGUAACUCGGCUGUCCUUUGAAUAUCACUGUGUUGAGUAGGUUCCUCUAGGACCUUUGAUUUCAUGAGCUGGGCCCAAACCACGGUGGGAUAAUAACAAAAAGAAGCUAAAUGCCGUAAAUUUUAAUAGUGAGCUUACUUGAAGGAUUUAAGUAGGUUUAGAAGGUGAAGAAGGCCAAUGGAGAAAUUUACAGAUUACUUUUGGAAGCUCUACUCUAGCUAUCGAACAAUCAAAGGAAUGCACCUAUCAGCUACAAAGAACAGCUAGACAGCUGUUUUUUUUUUUAUAAAUGUUUCUGUGUCGUGUCAAAAUGAUUUCUGGUGAUUUAAACUAACAGAUAAUCACAGCUGCUGUCUAAAUCCAUAGUGUUGAAAAUUACAAAAUGAAAAAAAAAAAAAAAAAACACUUCAUUACCUGUGAAGACUGUGUCUGUGUUUUUAACUAUUUCUUGUACAAAUAUAUGAAAACUUUUAUGAGGAGACUGGUGCCAAGUAGCUGAAUAAUGGGGAAAGGGAUAUUCUGUUCGUAAAAACCUUAGCAGUGUUACCAACUCUACGCUAUAUAUAUAAAAAAAUAAUUAAAACGUUACAAAGCGACAGCUAUGGUACAUUUGUUUUGUGUGAAGCUAACCGGACCUAACUUCCUGAGUGCCUGGCUUAUUUUGAAACAUUUUUUUUCAUUGACCAUUGAUAAUGCUGCAAAUCAGAAAUGUACAUACUUCAUUUACAACAGGGUUCUUUUUAUACUUUUGUAGAUUCUCAUACAUGUCACAUACAUGGUUGUCUUUAUGUAACUUAAUUUUUUCAUCCGCAGGUGCCAUUUUCAUAAUAAACUUCUCUUGGAUUUGUUA